AUGCGACGUGGCCUACCCCAGCAAGAGGGCGGCGGCAGUGAGGGCGCGCUGGUGAAAGAUUACACCGUCCGCAGCUGCGUUAUCGAAGCUUUGAGAGAAGGUGUCCCGAAGUGCACGGUGAAGAAGUGGGUGCAAGAUCUCAGCAAAGACUUCUUCGUUCAGGAGCAGCAGUCCACACUUUCAGUCACUUUCGGGAUAUGUAUUUCAUAUUUACAUACUAUAGCAUAUAAUUUCAUAUCAUGUAUAAUAUGUAGUACUUAA